AUUUUGAGGUGGCGCACGCCAAGCUAAGAAGCUAGGUCGGUAGCAGAUAGUGUAGUACAAGUCAGAGUUACAAACAGCGAUAUCCAGCAAAGCGACUGUCUCCAACCUGACUGUAUAUUUGAUAGGACGGAGCGGAAAUGGGUGCGGCGUCGUGUGGCUGCGUGUUUGCGGUCGCUCUGACCUGAUCAAGACUUGUGCUAACGUUAGCCUGUUAGCAGUCCUGGUUGUUUACUGCACCAGCCCCACCACUGUGGCUCCGCACGGAUUUCCACUGUACAUUCACUUGAUUUAAGGGGUAUCACACGGUCGCGAGAUGUUCCUGGUGGGGCUGACAGGAGGCAUUUCCUCAGGGAAAAGCACAGUGUCUUCCAUGCUGCGGGAGCUUGGAUGCCCCAUCAUUGAGGCUGACGUUGUGGCCAGGAAAGUCGUGGAGCCGCACACUCCUGCCUAUUCCCGCAUCGUCUACCACUUCGGGCCGGAGGUCCUACUCGAGAACGGGGAGAUCGACCGGAAGAAGCUGGGUCAGCUCAUCUUCGCCAGUGAGGAGAAGAGGAAGCUGCUGAACUCCAUCACCCACCCAGAGAUCCAUAAAGCAAUGCUCAAAGAGAUCCUGUUCUACUUUCUCAGAGGGUACCGCUACGUGGUGCUGGACGUGCCCCUUCUCUUUGAAACCAGACGUCUCACUCAGUUUCUAAACCACACUGUCGUUGUUUACUGUGACCCUGCCACUCAGCUAUCGCGCCUGAUGCAGAGGGACGGCCUGACCCAGGAGCAGGCCGAGCAGCGCAUGGCUGCGCAGAUGCCGCUCAAUGAAAAGCGCGGCUUGGCCAAUCACGUUAUUGAGAACUCAGGCGGCCGUGAGGACACCCACCGGCAGGUCUUGCGGUUGCACACGAAGCUAGAGGACUCCAUGGACUUCCUCUUAGUGAGGGUCAUUGCAAUUGCAGCCACUGCUGGUCUGGGUGGGAUACUGCUAUAUGCAGCCAAGAUACUUUUGUCCUAACAGAGGACAGAUGAGGGCAAGAAGGGGUUUUUGGUCCAGGUCGAAAGACGAAGGUGUGAAUAGAAGCAGGGGAAGGCAUGUCGGGGGUACUGGUGCAACUUAGUGUGAGAUUAGUUUCAUAGCACCUCUGCUACAGCUCAGAGGUAUGACAUGCUCUGUUUGCAGUUAACGCUGACUUACAUUAUUGACACAACAUGCACUGACAAAUGUGGUUUGGCGUGAAGGGUUUCUACGUGCAAUUUCAGCCGAUUUUCCUCAGAGACACUAAAAACAUGAAGGCAACACCGUAGAGGCUCAGUCGCUGCAUAAGCUGCUUUCAACAGUGAUCAGUCUGGGGCCUAAAACCUGGUCCAACUUUUCAUUUUGGUGCAACUCAUAACUAACACCAGUAGAACAGGCACGACUGACAGGUGUACAAACUAAGAGAUUUUAUUUUAUUACACCUUCUGCACUUGUGGAUUGUAAAUACCAACACCAGAAGGUAGAGAGAGAAGUGAAAGGCUGUACAUGCUUCACCACUGUAGAUGUGCAAGAGUCACUGCGGGGUUUGUAUGUGGCUUAUUUGACACAAACUGUCACCUCGGUUUUUAGUGCAGAAUGCCAGUGCUGAAUAUUUUAAAAGUCAAAAUUAAAAUGCUGUAAAGGAAAAAUUUGAUGCUUACACAAUAUGUUGUGAUUGUAUAUUACUGACCUGUAUAAUGAAGAUAUAUGACAGAAUGUAUUUGACAAUCCAUUUUUAAUGGGAGCGGUGUGAAUUUCCACAAAUUAACAGACUUUAUAUUUAUCACUGUAUUUUCUUACACUUGAAGCUGUCCCCUGUAAAUACUAAGUCUGUGGUUUCUGUUUUCUGUGCACGCUCACUUGUAACUAAAACAUUUGUAACAUUAGCUGCCUAAACAAACUGUAAAUGAUCUAUUACUACUGUUUUAAAGAAACGGACACUCUGA